UCCAAUAUGAAAUGAUAACGGAGAUACUUCGUUCCUACGAUAAGGUUCACCAAUUAACAGAAAUUCGUUGAACUUAAUGUUUGCAUUAAAUUCAUUUACUUGAUUGUACAAAUGGAUUAAGGAUUGCAAAAAACAAAUAUAGAAUUGAUUUAUACUUUUGAAAGUUGUGGUAACGUCCAUAAAAUGGUUUGGGCUAAACUGGAUGGUUUUAAGUGUCCAGCAAAAGGAUGUUCAUCAAUGACACCACAGAAUUUGGUGUGUAAGAAAGACCAAUCAGCUUUGUACAUAAAUGAAAAGGGCAUGGUGAAAUGCAGUGGCACUACCUUGCAUACCGGAAUCCUUGCAACGUGGACCUGGAACUGCGGCGACAGUUGGCACAAUGGAGAAUACAUAAAAGCGGACCGUUAUAGUUUUGUAUUUGCCCUGUCAAGGGCUCUUCAAAUACUGGCAAAGAUGGACUCUAAAUGGUGUAGUGAUCUUAUAUCAGAGAGUGAAAGACAACUGAAAUAGAUAAAAAAAACGAUGAACAGUUUCUGUUUUUUAUCGAAAUUUGUAUAUG